AUGGGAAAGAAGGUCAUUGCCGCCGCGGUUCAUGCCGCUCCAGUCUUCAUGGAUAAGAAAGGCAGCAUCGAAAAGGUUUUGCAACUAAUCAAGGAAGGAAAAGAGCAAGAAAUUGAAUUAUUAGUCUUUCCCGAGACAUUCGUUCCUGGAUAUCCAUACUUCAUUCACACCCACCCACCCCUCAAGAUCGUUGAUGCACAAGCUCAAUAUGCGGACGAAAGUGUAGUCGUCGGAAGAACAGGCGGUGAUCUCCUCCCUAUCAUGUAUCUCUGUGCCGAACUAAAAAUAGCUGUGUCGAUCGGAAUAUCAGAGCGUGUGGAAGGAGGCCACACACUGUUCAACUCGCAAGCGUUUAUCGAUACCGACGGAACUCUCCUCGGGGUCCAUAGAAAGAUUCAACCUACGCACGCCGAGCGCACGCUCUGGGCACAAGGAAGCGGAAAUACCUUAAAAGUAUGGCCAAGCAGCGUUGGCCGAAUAGGAGGACUUGCAUGUUGGGAAAAUGGAAUGAAUAACGCACGUCAAGCAUUAAUCGAAGAUCGACAAGAGAUUCAUGCUGCAGCAUGGGCAGCCCUUAACACUGUAUCGGGAUUCGAAUCGGUAGCAAACAUUCAGAUCGAAGCGUUGAUGAAAAAUCAUGCAUUUACAGCACAAGUAUGGGUCAUUUGUGCAAGUAAUUAUGUCGACGAUAGGACUUUGGAGUGGAUGGAGGAAACCCUAGGACCGCAGGAUCUUGUCAAGAAGGGUGGGGGAUGGAGUGCGGUUAUUCAUCCUUUUUGUGCUGUGUUGGCGGGUCCGCAUACGGGAGCUGAGGAGAAGUUCUUGAAGGCAGAGAUUAACUAUGAUGAACUAGGUGGCGUGAAAGUUUGGAUUGAUGCUAGUGGACAUUAUAAACGUCCUGAAAUAUUGAAGUUGGACGUUGAUAGAAGUCCAAAAUGGCCGGAUGAUGAAAUCCUGGCAAGUGGUGCUUCUAUAGACCUCAGACCUACGAUGGAGUAG